AUGGCUCUCCCAAUGAAUCAUUGGAUGUUGAACAUCAUCUUUGGGAUCGUUUGUGCCUACGACAUUACCCAUGUAGCAGCAUCCAAUGCCGAAGUCUACACGGCCAACGCGGUUGAAGCGAUAAAAACGUUGAACGAUUGGUACAGCGUCAGCACCGGGCUAUGGGAGAACGCGUGGUGGAAUAGUGCGAAUGCACUCACCACUAUCGCUGACUUUGCAUCUCUCCGCCUCGAUGAAGCCAACAAGCUUAACAUCGGCGGCUUUAUACGAAACACAUUUGCUCAAGCACAAAAGACCAAUGUACUGCGCAGCAGUUUCCCUCCUGUCAGUGAUGUGGUCUCAAAUAUUCGCAACUUGACUCUUGGGUCCGGCUGCACGCCUGAGGGCAAUCGUCUCGGCAAACGCGGAUUUGGCCAGUUUCUUAACGAUUAUUAUGACGAUGAAGGAUGGUGGGCUCUGGGCUUGAUCAGAUCCUACGAUGUAUCCGGCGAAGAGAAAUAUCUUGCCGCGGCCGUCAACAUAUUCAAGGACAUGCAGACUGGCGGGGAAACACCAUGCCGCGGUGGUAUUUUUUGGAGCAAGGACCGACACUAUGUCAAUGCCAUUGCUAAUGAGCUGUAUCUCUCGGUCGCCGCGUCUCUUGCUCGUCGAGUUCCCGAAAACAAUACAUACAGGCCACUCGCCAUUGCCCAGUGGAGAUGGUUCGAAAAGAGCGGCCUGAUUAAUGCCAAGGGACUGAUCAACGACGGUCUCAAUGGCAACUGCAUGAACAAUGGGCUGCAGACUUGGAGCUACAAUCAGGGUGUCGUCCUAGGUGGCCUUACCGAGCUCUUCUUGCUAACACUGGACACACAGUAUUUGGAAAGGGCCACAGAAAUCGCCAAAGUGGCGAUCAAGGCUCUUUCUGACAAGAAUGGCAUCCUCACGGAGACGGACAAGUGCGAGACAGAGGUCGGACGCUGCAGGCCCACCAGCCAGCAGUUCAAGGGCGUAUUCGUCCGCAACUUGGGUUAUCUCUACCGUGCUACUCCUCUCCAGGAGUUCAGGGAUUUUAUUUUCCGUAAUGCUGACUCGAUCUGGACUCGUGAUCGAAAUGACAAGAACCAGCUCGGCGUUGCUUGGGCUGGAGACUACACCGACGCGACCGCAUCCACGCAGAGCAGUGCGUUGGACGUCCUAAUAGCCGCCAUUGCCGUUGCAUAG